GUACUCUCACUUUUUCUCCUUAUUGCUUUACUCGAUGAAAAUGUCGCAUCUCCUCAUUUCCUCUCCAGGCUUACCGAUAAUGAAAAGCGCGCCUGUCAGGGGCUCAUGUUGGGGGAGCGAGAGAGGGCACAGCAGAGUGAACGGUUCAUAAAUCUCAUGGAAUCGGGUCGGCGACUCACUCCGCAUGUUACCGAUUUAGGGUGUAUAUCGUGUAUAUGGGUUCUUGCGAAGCGCGCGCGCUUAAUUGGAGAGCCCACAACUUGAAACAGUUACAGCAACAGUUACACAAAACAUAACCCCGUCCGUGAUCCUCCAUAAUCUUCUGUCUAUCCUCAAACCCCUUCGCUUACUUGGCAGAUCGGUCAUAUAUAUAUACAACGCUUGGUACUAACAGCUUGGCUUCUAAACGAGUUUGAAACAUAAUAUAGACAUCGAUUUUCACCUAUUGCUUUUAUGGUCGAAAACAAUCAUCUUUUCC